AUGAGCCACCUCUUCUGCCCGCGGCCGCCCGGCCUGGCCGCCUCGCCCCUGCUCUACCUGUACGGGCCCGAGCCGCCGCGGCUACCACUGGCCUUCGCCCCCGUCGCCGCGCUGGCCGCCUCGGGCCGGUCCGAGCCCCCGCAGAAGCCGCCCUACAGCUACAUCGCGCUCAUCGCCAUGGCCAUCCAGAACGCGGCCGAGAAGAAGAUCACCUUGAACGGCAUCUACCAGUUCAUCAUGGAGCGCUUCCCCUUCUACCACGACAACCGGCAGGGCUGGCAGAACAGCAUCCGCCACAACCUCUCGCUCAACGACUGCUUCGUCAAGGUGCCGCGCGAGAAAGGGCGGCCGGGCAAGGGCAGCUACUGGACCCUGGACCCUCGCUGCCUGGACAUGUUCGAGAACGGCAACUACCGGCGCCGUAAGAGAAAGCCCAAGCCGGGCCCGGGCGCGCCUGACGCCAAGAGGCCCCGCGCGGAGACGCAGCCCGAGGCGGUGGAUGGGGGCGCCAGCCCGGGCCCCGUGGCGACCCUGGGCCUGGAGGAGGGGCCUCCCGUUUGCGCCUUGCCCGCACCCCUGCCCCAGCCUGCGCCUGGGUCCCUGAGUGAGGACGCGCGCGCAGCGGCCAUCGGCCAGCCAGGAAGCACCGCCGAGAGUCCGGGAUGCUCUCCGUGUCCCGCCUCCUGCAGCUCCCCGAAAGGCACCGACAAGACCAAAAGCUUCAGCAUAGACAGCAUCCUGGCGGGGAGGCCCAGCCCCGAGCCCCUAAGGGGCGCCCAGCCCUCGCCGCUGGCCAGCCCCGCCGGCCUCCGCCCGCCCUUCAACGCCUCGCUGAUGCUCGACCCGCACGUGCAGGGCGGCUUCUACCAGUUGGGCAUCCCCUUCCUCUCCUAUUUCCCCCUGCAGCUCUCGGAGGCCGCCGCCGCUGCCGCGGCCUUCCAAUUCCAGCCCGUCUUGGAGAAUAAAGUUGUAUUUGCAUUAACCUCUCUCCUGGCUGCUUCCCUGGAUCAUGGGUGGGGUGGGGGGCGGGGGGUGGGGGGAGAAGAGGAAUAA